AUGCUUCUGUCCAACAUCUUCAGUCUUCUCGCCGUGAGUGGCAUCGUCGCUGCCGCUCCCACGGAACUCGAAGCACGACAAAGCGGAAACUUUAAAGCCGAAAUGAUUGAAGCGCACAACUUCUUCCGUGGCCAACACAGUGCCCAGCCGUUGACAUGGAACGAGAAUCUCGCAAACAAGGCUCAGAGCUGGGCCAACACUUGCAACUGGUCUCAUUCUGGUUCUGGUGAGAAUCUUGCCAGCGGCACCGGAUUCACCAGCUGGGGCGCCUUUGUCAACUUAUGGGGAGCCGAGAGAAAGCAGUACAACUAUGCGCAGCCUGGUUUCUCCAGCGCAACCGGCCACUUCACCCAGGUUGUGUGGAAGAACAGCAAGACGCUGGGAUGUGGGUGGAAGAAGUGCGGUGGCGGACAGGGCAAAGCCAGUGGUUGGUAUAUUGUGUGCCAUUAUAGUCCUGCUGGGAACUAUCUGGGCCAGUUUCCUCAGAAUGUGGCCAGACAGACCAAGGGCAAGCCGACUGAUGUGUGGCAAAAGCGCAAUUAG